UCAUUCGUUUCAACUAUGCUCCUUUCUUUGCGUCAUGUCGCAGACAUCGUGUCUUGACUGUUACAUGCCUUGACGCAUGCCGGUGUGCGUCCAACCUUAGUCACCCCUGCCAUAUACAUGUUGCAAGCGUCGCUGUGUGUCGUGCGGGUUGCCUGGCACUCCGUUUCCAGAUGUCCCGUGUGCUGCAUGUCCUGGUACUCUCCCUCGUGGCUUCGCGGUGCGCCGCGACGCUCGGCGUCCUGCUGGCCUUGCAGACGCACUUUCACGCGGGCUGCGUUUACCUCCUGCAAUCUCAGAACACAACAGAUGUAGAACAGAUGCGGAUUUUGCAAAAAUUAAUGUCAACAAAUGGCCGUCAAAUAGCAGCGUAUACCUUCUACGAUCCAAAUCAACUGAAGCCUCGAACCUGUUCCUUCAACAAGCCACUUCACGUGCUGCUAUCUAGCGACAAGAGUACCAAAUUAGCCCUAGCAGAGCUGUCCUCAGAACGAGGCGUCAUGGCGAAAGCUGUUUGGCUUUUGUUUCUUGAUACGUUGCUCGAGCAAUUCUUAGAAGACGUUUACAUUCCCGUGGACUGUGAGUUUAUAGUGGCUCAACGUAGCGGUGAAAAUGCGGUAAGACUUACUGAAGUCUACAGAAUGGCCAAGGAAUUCCCCCUACAUCGUCGCCAUUUUGGAAUUUGGAGCCAAGAUCGAUUGCACGUGAUUACCGAAAGUUUGCUCCGCCGCAGAUCCGAUUUUCACGGCUUUACGAUCACAGCUACAUCUAUGAACAGUCCGCCACUGGUGAUCUUGGACGAGGAGAAAAUGAAAAUGAGAGGGGGGCUGUUCGGAUCCGUCUGGUUCAGUCUCGAGGAGCGCCUAAACUUUACGACGCGGUACGUGGUCCCCAGUUUGAGGUCUUGGGGAACGGUGUACGCGAACAACACGACUACAGGAGUCGUAGGCGUUCUUGCGGACGGUCAGGCUGAGGUCGGCGUCUUCAGCAUGCUAAUUACGUCACGACGGAUGGACGUCAUGGAUUUCACUACGCCGAUACUGAGCCCCAAGUUCCACGUGUUCGUCCGCCAGCCUGACGGCCUUCAGUUGGAGUGGGACACGUACCUGGCGCCUUUCAGCGUCAGACUGUGGCUCACCGUCGUCCUCCUGGUCCUGUUAAUCGCCCUGCUCCUGCCAAAUCUCUAUAGCCUCGGACGACGUCACGGGAUCGCUGAGGCGACCCAGGUGCCCUUCAAGUUCAAGGACUCUCUGUUCUACGUGUUCGGCGCGUUCUGCCAACAAGGUAUGGAGCCAAGCUGUCCGCAGCUGAGCGCUUGUCGAGUGCUGUACCUGACCACGUACUUGACAGCAGUGAUCCUCCUGGCCGCCUACUCGGCCACCCUGAUCUCCUUCCUCUCUGUGAAAAAUGCCGAACUUCCAUUCAGUACCCUCGAGGAGCUCCUUAAAGCCGGAACUCACAAGCUCGGAUGUCUGGAGCAGUCCACAGUACUCAGCCACUUCAUGGACGCGAAGCUGCCGUUGUACCAGCAGAUAUACCAACGGUUCCUGCACCGGAUUCACGGUACGCUGGUGCCUGACAUCGGGGUCGGCCUCUACCGGGUGUGCAGCUCCAACUACGCGUUCAUCGCCUUGUACACGGACGUGAUACAACACCCGCCGUCAGAGCGCGGGUGUCGGCUAGCGACCCUCCCCGCAAGCUACUUCCAGUCCAGUCUGUCUUUGGGACUGACCCUCAACUGCCCCUACAAGGCCUUCCUCAACUACCACCUUCUGACGCUGUAUGACGACGGAGUUCUACACAGACUCAAGGACGGCCUGUUCGCGUCCCUGAACCUGCAGGAGGCUGAGCACAGGGCGAUGGUGGGAGGCUGGCUCAGCGUGGAGAUGCAGCAUCUGCUGCCUAUCCUCAUGGCGCUGGGGACCGGCAUGGUGCUUGGCGCCACCUGCCUCCUGCUGGAGCUCGGGUCAGGGCGCCGGAGUGUCGGCAAGUGGACUGUCUGACAGCUGCGAUCAGCGUCAUACAAAGAGGACUGGAAUAAACUAUGAUGACGAGAUAAACAGACGCAGAAGAAGUGAUGCUACCAGCCGGAAGGCAGAACAGGGUUUGGCCGAUCACUUCACUGUCCCACGUGACUCGAGACUACAUUGCUUCAAUGUUUAUUUACCGACAAUGCAUCAAACACGGAGAAUGAUACAGGGUAGUAUGUAGCACGACUAGAAAAAUUGCAAAAUGCCUGCAGAAUUUUGGUCGAGGAACCAAUAAAUGUUUUCUUACGCACGUUUUGCUUUCUAUAUUUGGGAUGUUUCACUUUAAUUUAUUUUGCGUUCUCUUCGUCAAUAAUUAUGUCGCUUAUUCAGUUUCUUGUAAAUUAAUUCUUUCAACCACAUCAUGAAUCCCACUGCCGUAAGACGUCAUAAACGUCGAUCUUAACAACGAGCAUGUACGAGCCAUUCUUCUGGGGUUUUACUACCGAGGGGGGGGCGUUGAGGUCAAGAUCCAUUCAUUUUAGACUUUGGAACUGCGUGGAAGAAAGGACUUGAAGAUAUCCGCUGAGAGACAGCCAUAUCCGGUCUUGAUUGGAGGGGGGAUAAAGUACCCGCCCUUCCGGGGGUUUCGAACUCCGAUCGUCCAGCCCCAU